AUGGAUCUACCUGCUGAGCUGGGGAACAAGAGUGAGGGUCUCGCCCAGGACCCCAAUGUCACCGUUGAACAGCCAUCAGUCAAACCCCUCCUAGGGAUUGGUAUAGAUGACAUUAUCACCUUAGUGGUGUUUUGCAUCAUAUUCGCUUUGGGGGUCCUGGGCAACUCUUUGGUCAUUACUGUCCUGGCAAGAAACAAACCAGGGAAGCCCCGCAGCACCACCAACAUCUUCAUACUCAACCUUAGCAUAGCUGACCUUGCCUACCUACUUUUUUGCAUCCCUUUCCAGUCCACUGUCUAUGUCUUGCCAACUUGGGUGCUGGGAGCUUUCAUCUGCAAGUUUAUCCACUACUUUUUAACUGUGUCCAUGCUGGUGAGCAUCUUCACCUUAUCUGCUAUGUCAGUUGAUCGUUAUGUGGCAAUAGUGCACUCCAGGAGAUCGUCCGCUAUCCGUGUCUCCAGACAUGCGCUGCUUGGUGUAAUCCUCAUCUGGAUCCUGUCUAUUGCCAUGGCUUCUCCUGUUGCCUACAACCAACGAUUGAUACACAGAGGCAACAAUCAGACCUUCUGUUGGGAGUACUGGCCAAAUCUGAAGCAAAAGAGGAUCUAUGUGGUGUGCUCCUUUGUGUUUGGGUACCUGCUUCCUCUCCUGCUCAUCUCCUUCUGCUAUGCCAAGAUUCUUAACCAUUUGCACAAGAAGUUAAGAAACAUGUCAAAGAAAUCUGAAGCUUCAAAGAAAAAGACAGCUCAGACGGUUUUGGUCGUUGUGGUGGUGUUUGGAAUAUCAUGGCUUCCUCAUCACGUGAUCUAUAUGUGGGUUGAAUUCGGAAACUUUCCACUCACACAAGCUUCGUAUGUCUUCAGAAUUACUGCCCAUUGUCUUGCAUACAGCAACUCCUCUGUGAAUCCAAUCAUUUAUGCUUUUCUCUCUGAAAAUUUCCGGAAGGCCUACAAGCAAGUAUUUAAGUGCCAGAUUGGCUGCGACUCCAUGCAAUCUGAUGCUAAAGAAAUAAAAAGCAAAAUGGAAACACCUCCUUCUACAAACUGCACUCAUGUUUGACUAAAAUGACCCGGUUGCAAUGUUCAGAUCCAUUAGUGCAGUAAUGAGAUUUCAAAGCACAAGUAUACUUGGCUAAAAUUGCAGGUACAUUGUCUAGUUUUAAUGUAGCUGGCAUUUGCUUCAGUUAGCUUACAUUUACUAAGUUACAUACUCUAAGCUACUGCUACUACAUGAUUGGUACAAAAACAAAUGAAGUACUCUUGAUCAAAAGAGACACAAGAAGGGUACCCUGGUAAAGUUUUAAGCUGUAAAUAAAAAUGUUUUUAUUUUAAAGAAUCAUGCAAAAUGCUAUGUGAGCUGGUUUAUGUUGGUUUAUGUAUGCAAAAAUAUAAUUAACUGACUAUUAUUAUACAGUAUCAUCAUAUAUGCAUUUUACAAUUAUAGUCUGCUCUUAUUAUGACUGCUGUAAAAUAAAGCUUCUUACAGUA